ACUGCCGCGCCCACAAGCACAGCACAACCGGUCUUCAGCCGCCACAUCCGAACCGGUUAUACGCCUUUAAAACCGGAUAAAAGAGAGAGAGAGAUAAGAGAGACAGAGAGACAUACACCAAUAUAGGACUGGGCUAACUUACUGUACACCCUCUUCCCAAAUAUUAUCCCAUUUUGGUGGAUUUCUGACUUAUUUCUUCUCUCUCACAUCACGGCUUCGAAUCCCUCCUCUUGAGACCUUCUGUGAACCGAAUCCUUGUUGAGGUGUUCCAGUGUGCUCCCAGCGGUGUUCCAGUGUGCUCCCAGCGGUGGUCCAGUGUGCUCCAACGCGCCAUUAACUCAGUGUUUUUUUAGUGUUUGUUUACCGCUAUACGCCAUCAAAGAGGUGUUGUGAUCAGUGGCUCCCGUGGUCAAUGGAGGUGUCAUACUUCCCACAGAACUGACCUAGUGUGACCUGCGUCGACCUAGUGUGACUCCCAGUUGACUUAGUGUGACCCGCGUCGACCUAGUGUGACCCCAGUUAACUUAGGGUAACUUAGUGUGACCCCGCGACGAUCCAGUGCGUUUCCAAUUGACGUAGUGACUUAGCGUGGCUUAGUAGACCCCAGUUAAUUUAGGGCGAAUUAGUGUGACCCUGCAUCGACCUAGUGUGUUCCCAGUUGACAUAGGGUGACUUAGUGUGACCUAGUAUGACUGCUUCGACUUAGGGUGACCUAGUGUGCCCUCGUGGUAAUCUAGACUGUGUUAGUGUGACCCCCAAUUGACUUAGGAUAAAUUAGUGUGACCUGGGCUGUGUUCCUGCUGACCUAGUGUGACUUAGUGUGAUCCUAAUUGUCUCUUAGGGUGAAUUAGUGUGACUCAAACCACCUUUAGACCUUAGGGUGAAUUCUGAUAACCUUAAACACCUUCUCGCUUAAUUAGGGUGACCUCUAAUGAGCCAAACAACUCUCACACGUAACUAGGGUGACCUCUAAUGAGCCAAACAACCCUCACACGUAACUAGGGUGACCUCUAAUGACCCUAACAGCCCUCGUACGUAACUAGGGUGAACUAGGGUGACCUCUAAUGACCAUGUUGGACUUAAAGAGCUCCACCCCUGACUAUCUACCAAGAACUGGCCCGCUCUCCAACUUCUCAAUGCUCUUCACGGGUAAUUAUAUAGACCCCAGCUACAAGUCAGCGUGGGGGUCGCCCGCUUCCCCCGCCUCUCAGACACAAGGCUAUGCCCACAACAGUCUGGGCAUGACCAAAUCUUCCCUCGAUGCCCACAGUCCACACCUGCGACAACCAGAUCCCUAUCAGAUGUUUGGACCUACGAGUAGCAGAUUGGCAAGUUCAGGCUCAGGACAGAUUCAACUUUGGCAGUUUCUCCUUGAACUUCUGUCAGAUUCUUCCAACGCUAACUGCAUCACGUGGGAAGGGACCAAUGGCGAGUUUAAGCUGACAGAUCCGGACGAGGUGGCUAGACGCUGGGGAGAGAGGAAGUCUAAACCAAAUAUGAACUACGACAAGCUCUCCCGGGCAUUAAGAUACUACUACGAUAAGAACAUCAUGACCAAGGUACACGGCAAGAGAUACGCCUAUAAAUUCGACUUCCAGGGUCUAGCAGCGGCCACCCAGCCAGCAGGAGCCGACCCUACAGCCUACAAGUACCAGAGCGAUUUGUUUAUGUCCUCCUAUCACCCAACUACCAAGCUCAAUUUCAUGAGUACCCACACUGGUAUACCUUCUUCUGCAGCCAGCAUAUUUCCAUCUCCAACAUCCUACUGGACUAACCCCAGCGCUAAUCUCUACACUAACAUAGCUGCAGCAUCAGGACACUCCAUGACGCAUCACCCCUCCCACAUGACGUCACACAUCUCCUCAGCCUAUCCGCAUUACGCAUGACAGUCUCUCUUCUCCAAUUGGUGCACACAACAAUCACGUGAGUCCGUCUCCUUACCUGAUUGGUCAUCGACAUUUCAGCAGGUAACAAAUAUUGAGGAACAGUAAACAAUAUAAACAAGAGGAGAGACUGUUUACAGGAAGGCACUUGAGGGUAUACUUGUUUACUGUACACAACAUCCUCCCCUCGCCCCUCAAGAUGUAAACAAUGUGGGAUAGCACUGUUUACAAAGGCCAGAUAAAGAGAUAUAUCUCAAAUAUAUAUAAUAGAUGAAUUUUUUGUUUGUUUGUUUACUUAAUAAUGAUUUGAUUAUUAGGUAAAUUUUUGACUAUGUUAUUGUGUUCAUACCUGUGUGUGUGUAUAUAGUGUGUAUAUUGGUGAAGCCUUGGUGACGGUGAAGCUCUGGUGACAGUGAAGCCUUGGUGACGGUGAAGCUCUGGUGACAGUGAAGCCUUGGUGACGGUGAAGCUCUGGUGACAGUGAAGCCCUGAUGACAGUGAAGCCUUGGUGACGGUGAAGCCUUGGUGACGGUGAAGCUCUGGUGACGGUGAAGCUCUGGUGACAGUGAAGCCCUGGUGACAGUGAAGCCCUGGUGAUGGUGAAGCCUUGGUGACAGUGAAGCCUUGAUGACAGUGAAACCCUGGUGACAGUGAAGCCCUGGUAACAGUGAAGCCCUGGUGAUGGUGAAGCCUUGGUGAUGGUGAAGCCCUCGUGACGCUCUGGCUGUGACAGUGUGACGAUCAGAUGAACUGAAGCAGCGUUGCCACACCUUACAGAACAGUGGUGCCACGUCUCAUGUUGCCACGCCCACUUUCAAAACCUCACAAGAGGCUCUCACUAAAGCGCCAUUGCCACGUUUACAUUCGACAUGGUGCCAUAUCUUACACUGGUGCCACGCCUACUUCCUACAGUGGUGCCAUGUUUCCAAAUACACCAAGGUAACGCCCCACAGUGGUGCCACAUCUUUAAGAGGCUUUUACUAGAGGUACACGAGGCGCUGGUGCCACAUUUACACCGCACAAUGGUGCCACAUGUGGUGGGGUCAGUGGUGAGUGCUAGCAGUGUUGCCAGAUGAACAUAAAAGUUCAUGUUACACCUUACAGUGGUGCCGUAUCUCACAAGGCACUGGUGCCACGUGUAAUUCAAACAGUGGUGCCACUUCCCCAGUAAUUCAAUGUUACCAUCUCACAAGACACUGUUGCCAUGUGAACUUUAAACAGUGUUGCCAACUUCUUUGCUCGCUCAGUGUUACCAUAUGUACAGCAGACAGUGUUACCAAUAUCUGGGUCACACAGUGUUACCACAUAUACACCCGACAGUGCUGCCAACUUCAUGGGCGGGGUCAAUGUUUAGUGUGGACAGUGUUGCCACAUCUGCUGGUGUAGUCAAACGUCUAGUCAGCUGUGGGCAGUUGUCAACCCACAUGUUAAGUGAUAACCUCUGUAUAUGUAGCUAUCAUCUAGUCCAGUUUACCCUCUGUCUGUAUGGCUGUUUGUCUGACUGGCUGUAAGAUUGUCAGUCGGCCUGUAAUGAGUAUGUGUAUGUAUGUAUGUAUGUAUGUAUGUAUGUAUGUAUAUAAACCACAAUUAAACCAUUGACCAAAAGUAUUCCCACAUGUAAACCAUAUAGACACCUGAUUCCCAUUCCCAAUGUAUCUUGGAAUCUUGGAAUAUUCCCGUAAAUGAGUGAAAAUGAUUGUAAAUAUUUGUAAAUAAGGAAAUGAUGACUACCAUAGAUUUACUUUUAUGGUUAUUUACAAGUUUUAUUAAUAAUGAUGACGUCACUGAGUCAAGAUUUACAUUGUGACGUGACUUCAUUCAUUUACUUCCUAGACCUUGACUUCAUUUACGGACUCCAUCUUCCGAGUUGAUUUACAUAAUACAAAAAAUUAUGAAUGUGUAUGUAUAGUUAUUUGUAAUGUCUAUGUUUGUAAUUUAUAUGUGUUUAUAUACAAAUGUUAUAGGUUAAUCUAUGUUAGGUUAGGGUAGGUGAGGUGAGGCUACGUCAGGGUAGGUGACCUUAGAUUAGGAAAGCUUAGGUUACGUCACGUCAGGUUAAAUUAGAUAGGUUAGGUUAGGUCAGACUAUUUAUCAUAAAAUCUCAAAAUAUUUAUCAGAAAAACUCAUAAUUGCAGUUCUUAUUUUUUUUAUAUAAUUUUUAACAUCAUACGAAAUCCAAUAUCAUUUUCCUCUUAUUUAUUUGUUCUCUAUUUCUUCUCUUCUAUUAAGUUCUAUUAAGUCAUCAUGGUGGGUGAUUACUGUGAGGAAAGUUAUAUAUUUAAAGCGCAUUAUUGGAACCUGCGCGCGUUUUGGGAAGUUUAAUCUGAUAAUGGGAGAAUUUUGGUUGGUCUGUGUGUGUUAGGGAGUAAGUAUGUAAUAUUCUCUAACAUACGCAAGUGAGUGAGGUAGAUACUGCGCAGAUUUUAUUAAAUGCGCUAGGGUGUGAGGUUAUUCUGCGCAGGUUGUAUUAAAUGCGCUCGGGAGUGAGAUAGACUCCUAUAUUGCGCCAUUUCUUAUGUAGCGCAGAGGAGUAAGGUAGGAUAUUAUAAUGCGCAUGUUUUAUUAAUGCGCUGGUGGGUGUGUGUGUGGUUGGCUCCUGCAAUGCGCUGUUUCUCAUAAAGCGUUGUACAUAUUAUGGAGCCUCCUCAGUGCGCAGGAUUUAAAAAUAAUGACGAAAAUCACCUCAAAUUACCAACGUCGUAAUGGUUCCAACAAUACGUUUCAACCCUCUCUAAUAAUAAUAAUACUAAUAAUAAUAACAUUAAUAAUAAUAACAAUAAUAAUAAUAAUAAAAUAAUAAUAAUAAUAUUUAAGCCGACGAUCAAUGUACAAACCUUUCAUGAUAUUUUAACAGUAGAUAUUUAGAUUAAUGAUCCCUCGGUGUUUACGAUCGUGUGUGUAAUGAAUUCAAAAGCUAAAUUAAGGCUGAAUAAUGAAUAAUAAUAAUAAUAAUAUUCUUAUUUCCAUGCGUGUGUUUUCUGCCCCAUUGUUGUGUUGACUUCAAUGUUUACAUAAAAAAACGAAAUAAA